UGAAAGCCGUUGUUACACACUCUAUUCAAAGUGCAAUGCACUCAAUUGGAGGGGUGCAAGUUCUCUUUCCUUUAUUCGGGCAGCUUGACUUUAAGCAAUAUGGGUCUGAUCAAGUAGACUCUUCUGUAUGCUCCACUCUUUUUGCCUUCAUUUUGGAGUUGUUGAAAAACUCUCUCGCUAUGCAAGAACAGAUGCUGUCAUCUAAGGGCUUCCUUGUAAUAGGUUAUUGUCUUGAGAAGUCUUCCAAAGCUCAUGUCACCAGAACAGUCUUGGAACUUAGUUUGACCUUUGCAAAAUAUUUAAGCAGUUUGCACAAUGGUAUACCACUUCUGAAACAGUUGUGUGACCAUAUUCUACUUAACCCAGCAAUAUGGAUUCAUACCCCAGCCAAGGUUCAGUUGGCCUUGUACACAUACAUGUCUACAGAUUUCAUCAGCACAGUUAAUAUAUACAAUGCAGUGCGUAGAAUCGGAACAGUUCUCUUGGUGAUGCAUACCUUGAAGUAUUACUAUUGGGUCGUUAAUCCUCAGGAUCGCAGUGGGAUUAUUCCAAAGGGUUUGGAUGGCCCAAGGCCAAAUGAAAAGGAAAUACUGUCGCUAAGAGCUUUCCUUUUGAUAUUUAUCAAACAGCUGGUGAUGAAGGAUUAUGGAGUAAAAGAAGACGAACUGCAGGCAAUUUUGAAUUAUCUGCUGACCAUUCAUGAGGAUGAUAAUCUCAUGGAUGUUCUUCAGCUGCUUGUUGCACUCAUGUCGGAGCACCCAGGUUCAAUGAUUCCUGCUUUUGAUCAAAGAAAUGGACUUCGGGUUGUUUAUAAACUGUUGGCUUCAAAGAGUGAAGGAAUAAGAGUUCAAGCUUUGAAAGUGUUGGGAUAUUUUUUGAAGCACCUGUCACCAAAGAGGAAGCUAGAAAUCAUGAAUUCUCAUGGGUUAUUUUCCCUUCUGUCAGAAAGACUGAUGCUACAACCAAACUUGAUCUCAAUGACAACAUAUAAUGUACUGUUUGAGAUUCUCAUAGAGCAGAUUUGCACCCAUGUAAUUCACAAGCAACACCCUGAUCCAGAUUCAUCAGUCAAGAUACAAAAUCCAUUGAUCCUGAAAGUCAUUGCAACCCUACUGCGGAACUCGUCCCAAUGCGCUGAAGUCAUGGAAGUGAGAAGAAUAUUUCUCUCCGACAUGAUAAAGCUUUUUAAUAACAGCAGAGAAAACAGACGAAGCCUGCUGCAGUGUUCAGUGUGGCAGGAGUGGAUGCUCUCUCUCUGCUACUUUAACCCCAAGAAUGCAGAAGAAGUGAAAUUAACAGAGAUGGUGUACGCAAUCUUUCGCAUCCUUCUUUACCAUGCUGUCAAAUACGAAUGGGGUGGGUGGCGUGUUUGGGUGGACACAAUUUCCAUCACACAUUCCAAAGUUACUUUUGAAAUGCACAAAGAAAGUUUGGAACAUGUUUUCAGGGAAUAUGAAGAUACAGUUAAUGGAGAAAUAGGCCCUGGUCCCUCUAGCCCUUUGCGCACUGUUUCUGGAUGUAGUAGGGAAUUGGAAACCAGGACACACACACCAACUUUGGAACUGGUAGAAGUUGUUGACUCAUCAGACACCAAUGUGGAUGCAGAAACUUCUCACAUAGCGCAUUUGGGAACAAAUGAUAAUGGUGAGAACAGCAGUUCUCCUUCACAAGAAAAAACAGAUGACAAAGUAGAACAUGAAGUAGCCUCUUUAGUUGAUAUUUCUCUUAAGCAAAGUAAACUUUUUACAGAACAGUAUGAAAAUGCAUUGAAUUCUUCUACUGAUGGUAAAAGAUCUUCCUUGGUUACUAAUGAAAAACAUCAGAUAGAAUCUACCUCCACAGAUGGCGCUAUUAAUGAGACUUUGCAGACAUUAAAUAAUACAGCCGAACCGUCUGAUGGUUUAGAAAACCGGACAAAUAGGGAUGUUUCUGCAGGGUCCUUUCAGCAGGAGAAAGAAGAUCCUAGAAAGCAAGAGGAGACCAGUUUUGAAGACACGUUUAAUAAAUCUUUAACUGCAGAAUUAGAUUGUACUGAAGGAAGUGAUAAUUCAGUUGUACAGACUGAUGGAUUAAAACAUAACUUAGACCAGGAGGGUUACCAAUGUAUGACUUCCACUUCAAAAGAAAACAUCUCAGCACCAGAGAAACACAAACAUGUGGAAAAUAAUGGAACUUCUCAUUUAGCUGUAGAAAGUGAAGGGGAUCUUAAUGAGUCUACAGAAGGGGCUCCUCAGGAGUCUGAGGAGAGUGAGGGGGCUCCUCGGGAGUCUGAGAAAAAUGAGGGGGCUCCUUGUGAGUCUGCGGAAAGUGAGAGGGCACCUCUGGACUCUGCGGAAAGUGAGGGGGCACCUCUGGACUCUGUGGAAAGUGAGGGGGCACCUCUGGACUCUGUGGAAAGUGAGGGGGCACCUCUGGACUCUGCGGAAAGUGAGGGGGCACCUCUGGACUCUGCGGAAAGUGAGGGGGCACCUCUGGACUCUGCGGAAAGUGAGGGGGCACCUCUGGAGUCAGUUGAAAGUGAGUCAGCUCUUCCUGAGGAAAAUAAAGGGGAUUUUCUUGUGAAUGUUAAAGCUGAAGGAAGUUCGGAUAAAACAGUGGAAAAUCAAGGAACUUCUGAGGAGGUAGCACACAAAAGGACUCUUGAGGAUGCAGAUGAGCAAAUAGAGAAUACUUCAGCAAGCACAAAUUGUAGUGGUAAUUUAAGCACAAGUACUUCAGAUAGAAAAAUAGCCAAACUUGAUGUUUCAAGCAUUGCUUCUGAUACUGAAAAACUAGAACUGAAGGCCAGCACAGUCCAUGAAUCUGAUCAACCUCCGAAAACUACCACUGAGACCAUCAAACAGCCUGUUUUAUCCGAGGCAGAAAGAGCAGCUUCAUCUGAGGCUCAGAGGAGAGACUCUAGGUCUACCAUGUUUCGUAUUCCUGAGUUCAAGUGGUCAGCAAUGCAUCAGCGCCUACUUACAGACCUGCUGUUCUCCAUAGAAACAGAUAUACAGAUGUGGCGAAGUCAUUCUACAAAAACAAUUAUGGAUUUUGUAAACAGCAGUGACAAUGUAAUUUUUGUGCAUAAUACAAUCCACCUUAUCUCGCAAAUUACCGAUAACAUGAUCAUGGCUUGUGGCGGUAUAUUACCACUGCUUUCUGCAGCAACAUCAGCAACACAUGAACUUGAAAAUAUUGAACCAACCCAAGGCUUAUCAAUAGAGGCAUCUAUUACUUUUCUACAGAGAGCUAUUAAUCUAGUGGAUGUUCUAAUUUUUGCAAGUUCUUUGGGGUUCACAGACAUUGAAGCUGAGAAGAACAUGUCUUCCGGGGGAAUUUUGCGUCAGUGCCUUCGAUUAGUCUGUGCCGUGGCUGUAAGAAAUUGUCUGGAGUGUCAACAGCAGUUACAUAUAAAAUCCACUGGAGAAAAGUUAAAAAAACAGAACGCAGGUCAGGGCUUAGCAGGAAAGUCGACUGCAAAGAGCCCUCUUGAUAUUGUGACGGGAGGCAUAGUACCAGUUCGAGAUCUUGAUAGGCUUCUGCAAGACAUGGAUAUAAAUCGCCUAAGAGCAGUGGUCUUCAGAGAUGUUGAGGAUAGCAAACAAGCACAAUUUCUAGCACUUGCUGUUGUUUACUUCAUAUCUGUCCUCAUGGUAUCAAAAUAUCGAGACAUUCUAGAGCCACAAAAUGAAAGGAAAACAUCUCAGUCCUCGAGGCCUCCCAGGGCAACCGAAAAUGGCAGCACUGAUGCAGCAUCUUCAGAAGACACCCCUUCUUCUACUCCAGCCUGUACAGAAGAUUCGGAAAGUAGCACAUCUAUAAGAAGAAAAGACUCUGGAAUUGGGGAGGAACCAAAUUUAGGUUCUAGCAACAGUGCAGAAGCAGUUGCCGAAGCAAGGUCAGAAACGUUAAGCUCCGGCCCAGAUGCCAUUAGUGAAGUUCUAUACACCUUGUCAUCAGAAGUAAAGAAAUCCUCUCCAGAUGGUGGAGAUGGAGUUUGUGAACAAUCAUCCACAAAAAAUGUUAAUGUGAAGGACAUUCUUAGAAGUCUGGUAAGCACCCCAGCUGACGAGUCCUUGGUAGAUCCUGUUCUCAUACCACCAACAUUCCUUGGAGCACUGGGGGAUCCUGCAGCUGACCGUUCUGUGCAGUUCCGCUCAUUUGACAGGAGUGUUGUUGUGGCGCAGAAGAAAUCGGUUUCCCCUUCCCCAGCUGCGGUUAAUGCCGCUCCUCAUGCAGUGAGUGUUGUGUCAUCAGUGGAUGCAUCUCAGGCUACAGACGCUGACAGAGUAUCCUCAGGUAGCGGGUCAUCUAAUUCAAAACUGCCAUCUGUUCAGACUGUCACAUCUGUUCCUGAGGACUCUGCUUCACAUAUGAGUAUUACAGAGAGGCUGGAACAUGCGUUGGAGAAGGCUGCGCCAUUACUCAGGGAGAUAUUUGUGGAUUUUGCCCCUUUUCUUUCUCGCACACUUUUGGGUAGCCAUGGCCAAGAGCUACUGAUUGAAGGGACAAGUCUGGUUUGCAUGAAAUCUAGCAGUUCAGUGGUAGAAUUGGUUAUGCUUCUCUGCUCUCAGGAAUGGCAGAACUCUAUUCAGAAGAAUGCUGGGCUCGCUUUCAUUGAACUUGUAAAUGAAGGAAGGUUGUUAAGCCAAACCAUGAAAGACCAUCUGGUGAGAGUGGCCAAUGAAGCAGAGUUCAUUUUGAGUCGUCAAAGGGCAGAGGAAAUACACAGACAUGCAGAGUUUGAGUCCCUAUGUGCACAGUAUUCAGCUGACAAACGGGAAGAAGAGAAGAUGUGUGACCAUUUAAUAAGGGCAGCAAAGUACAGAGAUCACGUGACUGCAACACAACUAAUACAAAAAAUUAUCAACAUUCUUACAGACAAGCAUGGAGCUUGGGGAAGUUCUGCAGUAAGCCGUCCUCGUGAGUUCUGGCGCCUUGACUACUGGGAAGAUGAUUUGAGGCGGCGACGACGAUUUGUGCGGAACCCCCUUGGAUCGAGACAUACUGAAGCGACACUCAAGGCAGCAAUAGAACACGAUCCAGAUGAAGAUACCAUUGUCAAAGGAAAACAGUCCAUCAAGAAUCAAAUUUUGGGAGGACCAAAUUCUGAAAGUGAGAGCCUACUGGAUGGGGAUGAUGAUACAUUGUCAUCACUGGAGGAGAAAGACCUGGAAGUAACAGGUCCGGUUAGCCUGAGCACGCCUGCACAAUUAGUGGCUCCCUCCGUUGUAAUGAAGGGGACCUUGUCCAUCACCUCCUCUGAGCUCUACUUUGAGGUUGAUGAAGACGAUCUGAGCUUUAAGAAAAUCGAUCCCGAGACUCUUGCCUACACCGAGGGAUUGCAUGGGAAAUGGCUGUUUACAGAAAUCCGUGCUAUUUUUUCCCGCCGUUAUCUUUUGCAAAGCACAGCUCUGGAAAUUUUUAUGGCAAACAGAGUGGCAGUAAUGUUCAACUUUCCAGAUCAAGCUACUGUAAAAAAGGUUGUACAUUGUCUCCCCCGAGUUGGAAUUGGCACGAACUUUGGACUUCCACAAACAAGGCGCAUCUCACUGGCUACUCCCAAGCAAAUAUUUAAAGCGUCAAAUAUGACUCAACGCUGGCAGCACAGAGAAAUUUCAAACUUUGAAUAUCUGAUGUUUUUGAACACUGUUGCUGGUCGAACUUACAAUGACUUGAAUCAGUACCCAGUAUUCCCAUGGGUUAUCACCAACUACGAAUCAGAAGAGCUGGACCUCACACUUCCCAGCAAUUUCAGGGAUUUAUCUAAGCCUAUAGGAGCACUAAACCCUAAAAGAGCCAUCUUCUUUGCCGAACGUUAUGAAACCUGGGAAGAUGACCAAGUUCCAAAAUUUCACUAUGGCACUCACUACUCCACUGCAAGUUUUGUGCUCAGCUGGCUUUUAAGAAUAGAACCAUUCACAACAUUUUUUUUGAAUUUGCAAGGAGGUAAAUUUGAUCAUGCAGACAGAACAUUUUCUUCCAUUUCAAGAGCGUGGCGUAACUCCCAGAGAGAUACAUCAGAUAUCAAGGAACUCAUACCUGAAUUUUACUAUCUGCCUGAGAUGUUUGUAAACUUCAAUAAUUAUAAUCUUGGAGUGAUGGAUGAUGGCACUGUUGUGUCUGAUGUUGAACUUCCUCCGUGGGCCAAAACCCCAGAAGAAUUUGUCCGUAUAAACAGGCUGGCUUUGGAAAGUGAAUUUGUCUCUUGUCAGCUACACCAAUGGAUUGAUCUGAUAUUUGGGUAUAAGCAGAAAGGACCAGAGGCAGUUAGAGCGCUAAAUGUGUUCUACUACUUGACCUAUGAGGGGGAAGUUAAUCUCAACUCAAUAACAGAUCCUAUUCUAAGAGAGGGAGCGGAAGCUCAAAUCCGAAGUUUUGGACAGACGGCUUCACAACUGCUUAUUGAACCACAUCCUCCAAGGAGUUCAGCCAUGCAGGUGUAUCUCCUCCUGCAGACUCCACUGAUGUUUACAGACCAAGCUCAGCACGAUGUGAUCAUGGUACUAAAGUUCCCCUCCAACUCUCCUGUCACUCACGUCGCAGCCAACACUCAGCCUGGACUGGCGAGCCCUGCAGUUAUUACUGUCACUGCUAACAGGCUGUUUGCUGUGAACAAGUGGCACAAUCUUCCCGCGCAUCAAGGUGCUGUACAGGACCAGCCAUACCAACUGCCAGUGGAAAUCGAUCCUCUCAUAGCCAGCAACACCGGAAUGCACAGGAGGCAGAUCUCAGACCUUCUAGAUCAGAGUAUCCAGGUCCAUUCACAGUGUUUUGUGAUUACAGCAGACAAUCGUUUUAUCUUAGUCUGUGGAUUUUGGGACAAAAGUUUCCGUGUAUAUUCAACAGACACAGGUAAACUAACUCAGGUAGUGUUUGGACAUUGGGAUGUUGUAACUUGCUUGGCACGAUCAGAAUCCUAUAUCGGAGGGGACUGCUAUAUAUUGUCAGGAUCGCGGGAUGCAACGUUACUACUUUGGUAUUGGAAUGGCAAAAGCAAUGGCAUUGGGGACAAUCCAAGCUCUGAGAUUGCUACUCCGCGUGCAAUACUGACUGGCCAUGACUGUGAGAUUACUUGUGCUGCUGUAUGUGCGGAGCUGGGAUUGGUGAUCAGUGGUUCCAAAGAAGGUCCGUGUCUGAUACAUUCUAUGAAUGGAGACCUUUUGAGGAGUCUGGAAGCUGCACAAAACUGUCUGAGACCCAAACUUAUUCAGGUUUCAAGAGAGGGACACUGUGUUGUGUACUAUGAAAAAGGGCUUUUCUGUGUAUUCAGUGUUAAUGGUAAACUUCAAGCCUCCAUGGAAAUUGAAGAUAAUACACGGGCAAUACUUCUCAGUCGGGACGGACAGUACCUGCUUACUGGAGGGGAUAACGGAGUGGUUAUGGUGUGGCAGGUUUCUAACUUGAAGCAGCUCUUUGCUUAUCCAGGCUGUGACGCAGGGAUCCGAUCCAUGGCAGUGUCUUUCGACCAAAGGUGCAUAAUGACCGGCAUGGCAUCUGGAAGCAUUGUGCUGUUCUACAAUGACUUUAAUCGCUGGCACCAUGAAUAUCAGACAAGAUACUGAUCCAGGGAUGCACACACUGUACUGAAGCACUGAAUCUGUCUAUGUCCUGUUGCAAACAGACUUUAAAUACCGACCUAUUUAGGAAACCUCCAAUGCAUUGUUUGUUAUAAAUAGUUCUAUUACACCUGAAUGUAAUUUAAAUGAAACUCUUAAAUCAGCAAACUAUUUUUAGAGUUAAUUGCUAUUUUUGUAGACUUUGCUUUACUUUUUUUCUUGUGGAUCUAAGGACGAGUAACAAGCGGACACAUAAUAGCUGCUUGCUUCUGUAGUUAAAAAGUAAAUAUAUAAACUUAUAUAUUUUUUAGUCCUAAGUAAAAGUCUAUUUUCAUCUGUGUAUUGGGAAAAUACGCUAAAUUAAUGGUGGCUACAAAAAUGAUUUUAGGCCUUUCAUAGUGACUGGGCCUAGCUUUCUAUGACCUUGAUUUUAAUUAAGUGAUUAAGGGUAAUUAAUAUGGGCAUUUUAAACUUUGCUAUCUUUCUUACAUUUUAUGUCAUACUGUAGCUCUUUUUCCAAAUGGUUAUACUUUUGCAAUGCUGACACUUGAUGGGUAAAUUAAAAUAAUUAUUCUAAAUUGCGUAACGUUUUCCCCAAAUCACGGUUUCAUCAUGUUGGUAGAAUAUUUUGCUAACUUAAUUAUAUGUCAUUGAUCAACAAAACAAUCCCUGACUUGUGAAAGAUAUUACUGUUGAUAUGUCGAUGGAGCUGAUGUUACAUCACUCAUGGGGAAAAAAAUAAUUAUAUAUAUAUAUAUAUAUAUAUAUAUAUAUAUAUAUAUAAUUAUUUACAUGUGUGUUGAUAUACAUCCAGUAAUAUUAAAAAUGCAACAUUAAAUGUACGUGUAUUCUUUAAUAUUACACAUUACUUUAGUUACAGAUCCAACAGACCUCACCUCAUAGAAAACAAACAUUCUCCAUCGUUAUCUAGAAGUUCUAUGUUACUGUUACCAUUAGCAUUCUAGAAGUUUUAUUUUCAAUAUGUUUCUGAAAUAUUUCUGCCACACUGUCUCUGUGCAAUGAGCAGGCUAAUUUAAAGUAAUAUAUACCAUACUAAGCAACUAAUUUUUUUGACGUUGCUUAGUUCUACUUUUUCUACAAGAUUGCUGUGCAGAAUUCUGUGAAAAUAUUGUGAAGAGAAGUGUAUUGUUUUGUAAGUCUGUAUUGCAUAAAGACUUGUUUAUACCUUGUUAUCUGUGUAUGAGCUGAACCUGCAUUCCAUAGCUUUCCAGAUCUAGAAUAACUUUGUUUACCUGCUUGCUGGUACAGCUCACCUUUUUCUACCCAUUAUAAGUGACAAUCUUUUCAUUAGCUGAAGUGUGAGAUAAAGUAAUUCAAUUUGAAGAAAAAAAAAGGAUACAAACAAUAAAAUGGAAUUUGUAAUUCAGAAUAUAAA